AUGAGCGGCAACCUCAAGGGUGCAGAGCUCCAAGCCUCUUUAGCACGCUCGAUUGCCAUUCUACAGCAGGAGGUAACAGUAGUCUCCUCUUCAUCCGCUGUACUUCCCACCUUGAGAUGCAUCCGCGACAUCCUAUCAUGCGAUGGAGAAGGCGCUAGCAUCCAUGUAGAGGUCGCACUCGACGAGCACUUCUUCCAUCUUUUUGCUGCCCUCGCGCCAUUUCUCCCUUCAUCGCACGACAAGAUCCGCUCCACGGCCAUCUCAUGCUUACAGACGCUCAGAAGGAAGGCUAGCCCGAGGGAAAUGACCAUGGCUAUCCAGGAGCAGCUGGAUAGAUUAGGCAAGUGCGAUCAAGACCAGGAAGAAGAGGAGGAACUGUGCCGCCAAUCACCUGCCAUCCGCCCCGGUAGGGAUGCUGCCAUGGCUGCAACUACCCUUCUCACGCUGCUCUCGGAAGUACUUCUCGAUGUCCAAGCCAAGAGACCCGCUGCUUUCUUCCGGCCCCUGGUCUACACCGCCACUCAAAGCUUGCGGGCAACGAGAGGUUGCACGGCCGCCGCGUCCGAUGAGCUUCUUGAGGCUGUCGCUUUACUAGGCGAGAAGGCAGAAAAUUGGAUGUCGCGGCUGCACUAUGCUGCGCCAGUGACUCCUGCAGAAGAAGGCAAGGAUCUCGUCAUUGCUCUCUUUCUCGCCUCCUUCGCUGAGCUGGGACCGCGUACAACGGCUGCGGCGGACAGCAUGGCGGGGGAGGAAACACCCGCAGAGGGGCACUUCCUGGAUCAGAGACCAGCCUACCGUCGCAAUCCGUCUACCAUAUCGCCCUCGCAGCUGAGAGCGAGGCAAGCAAGACCAGGUCAUGCCUGGCUCCGAGAGGUGUUGUCGAGGAAUGUGUUGCCUUUAGGCUUGUCGUUCAAGGACAUUGCUCUUGGAACCGCGGAAGUGCCCAAACGCAAAGGCGACGAUGACGAAGACGAUGAUGACGACGAAGAUGCCGUCGCUCUGCGUACAGCGUCAAGAGUAGGAGCUUGGCUCCUCACUGUGCUCGACUAUGUUGAUCCGUGCAAACCCGGCAACGUCGUGGAGGAUACAGGAGACGAGGUUCUUGCUCUACUGCGCAGGUCCAUGCCGUUUCUUUUGGUCGCGCUGCAGCAGAGUGCGCUUCAACCCUCAUCAGACUCGCCACAGAAUGACGGGAACGACGCCGUCUCUGCAGUAGACCCCUCCUUCUUCAUGGCAGAUCACGCCCUCCUCUUCCUACAGCUCCUCCUCGACUCGUUCCGCCGUCUCUCCAAACGAGAUUCCCCUAGCCGCUCCAAGCAUCCCCUCCCCUACCACACCACUCUACUCCCGCUCACUCGCCUUCUGUCAACACACGCAGCCUUAUGCCCCUUUCCCGUGCAUAGACAGAUAGGUUGGACAAUGCUCAAGGAAGAGCUCAAGGAGUUGAUGGACUCACAAGGGCAAGACGACGAAGAGACCGUAUUAGACCUCCUCCGCGAUCUCCUCACAGAGAGUCCAUUUGCCCAACUGCGAGCCGCUUCGGUAGGGCUUGGCAGGGAGCUCUUCGCCGAGAGAUUGAGGCUCGGGAUGCCGCGUGAUGGGAAGAAGAGUGGGAUAGUGAGCAACUGGAGGGCGCUCUUUACCCAGUGUAUCUUUGUGUUGCCCGAAGGGAGCGGCCCGAAGGUCUCCGAAGACAGUGAUGAGGAGCAAAAGGCGCAACAAAUGCCCGUCCUCGCGGCAUACAUCGACAGCCAAGCUCCAUGGCUUCUUGAGGCUCUGAAUGUUGCGUACUAUUUGCUGUUGCGCAGUGGCAGUGCCAGCGAGGAGGCAAAAGCUGCCCGGGCCGUCGUGGACAUUGCCGCGCUACAAGCUAAUCUCGUGCGACCGCUGCGGGAAAGGAUGGAGCUUCUUGCGACAGGGAAGGGGUUGAGAACAGAGGGACAAAGUGAGGCACGGCAGAGCGACUUGAUCGAGGUAGUGCUUGGGCAGAUGGAGGAGAGACUACAGAGGAUCGAGAAGGACCAAACCCACGUCCCUGUAUGA